CGGCCGUUAGCUGCCGGGAUAUUCGCUAGGCUUUUCUCUCCUCCUCGAUAAGGGGCGCUUGCGUGUCGAAGAUCCGAGGCGCCAGCCCUAGGGCGUCACUGCGCGCUCCUCCAUCGAUCCGCGCCAUGGUAAGACGCUUCCAGGGGAGUGGGAUCGUCCCGGGGUUAGGGUUCUUGUAGGAUGGACAGCGCGAUCUAGAGAGAUUUCCGGGGCAGCGGCAGUGAGAAAUGGGAGCUGUGACGUCCACUGUGGCUGCCAAGUUCGCGUUUUUUCCCCCGAAUCCGCCAUCGUAUAGGGUAGUCAAGGACGAGGUGACUGGGAAUUUGAUGCUCUCGGAUGUGCCGCGCAGCGAUUCCGUGGAUGUGAGAAUUUUGAGAACCAAGAGGGGGCAGGAUAUCGUGUCCCUCUAUAUCAAAAACCAGGAGGCUCGUCUCACGCUUUUAUACUCCCAUGGCAACGCUGCGGACUUGGGCCAAAUGUAUGAGCUCUUCCUUGAGCUAAGCCGUCACCUACGAGUAAAUCUCAUGGGCUAUGAUUAUACAGGGUAUGGAGCGUCCACUGGAAAGCCGACGGAGUUUAACACGUAUGCUGACAUUGAGGCGGUCUACGAGUGCCUGGAGCGCGACUAUGGUGUCAAACAGGAGGACCUUGUCCUGUAUGGACAGUCCGUUGGGAGUGGACCGACACUCGACUUGGCAGCGCGACUGCCAAGGCUCCGGGCUGUAGUUCUUCACAGCCCGAUUCUAUCUGGACUGCGAGUAAUGUAUCCCGUGAAGCGCACGUACUGGUUUGACAUCUACAAGGUACUUUGUUGUUUUCUCUUUUCACUCUUCCCAGCACGCAAGCUCCGCUCACUGCUUUUUUUUGUUUUCGCGCAGAAUAUCGACAAGAUAGGCCAAGUUAACUGUCCAGUUCUCGUGAUUCAUGGGACCUCGGAUGACGUUGUGGAUUGCUCGCAUGGAAAGCAGCUCUGGGACCUCUGCAAAGAGAAGUACGAGCCGCUGUGGCUCAAGGGCGGUGGCCACUGCAAUCUGGAGCUGUAUCCGGAGUACAUCCGGCACCUCAGGAAAUUCAUCUCCACGCAGGAGAAAGCGGCGUUGGGAAGGAACCGAUCGAGCAGGAAGAGCACAGAUCAACAAAGUGAGCGAACACUGACUUGCUAAAAGAGCCAGACGAUCGAAACCAAACGAAAAGCAAAAGAGAAUACCAUGCUAACUUUUUAAGUGCGGGUGUGUUCAUUCGUUCAUUUGUUUGUGUAAAUACAUAGCUUGUGAUACACUUAUUAUUCCAGAGCUA